AAGAAAUUGGAGUGCGGCCCAUGAGUGAGGAAUAUCCUCUUUCUUUUUGGGCCAGGGUCCGGCCAUGGGCACGUCCCACCGCCGGCCGGCCUCCGUGCUCCGGCCACCGACGCGUCCCCGUCGGCGUCCAACUCCAAGCCCAAGCCGCGCCGACCGACCGACCUCUCGGCGUCCUCCUCCCCCUCGCGAGCUCUGCUAGGUGCUCGUUCCCCCCGCUGGUCUACCUACAUCGACCACCAGUGCUCACCGUGCCUCAGGGGCAAGAAAAGGAUUCAGAGGAGGGCCAAGUUCCCGCACACCACAUGUUCGAUGAAAUGCCCACCAAGGAGCCGACCCAUGCUCUAAUCUGUACUAGUACAAUGCCCGUGGGCUAGAAUAACAAUAAAUGAAUCAAAUAAAUGACUAA